UCUUUGACUAACAUUCUGAUGUCUUUCCAUGCUGGCCGCGGAUGCCCGAGGGGAAGGCCAGCUGCUCCAGGUCCAAUGUACCGGCCCACUCCGCCGCGGUAUCACUACGACCCUCCUGCUCCUCCCGGUCCUAUCUAUAACCCUCAGGGCGGCAGUGGAUACAUGCCGCCUCACCCUGACUUCAUGCCUUUCCACUUCCCUCCACCAUCACAGGGUUCUAAUGUUCUGCCCCAAUGCCCCUUACGCCCACCGGUCUUCCCAGAGCCACCCCCUUUUCCUCCACCUGCUCCUCACAGCUCAGAUGGCUCGGCUCCCAUCCCGGUUCAGAGCUCUUACCCCUACAUGAUGCCCACGGUCCCCCCCCCACCAUUGCCACCUGUGCCCCCCUCAGUGCCACCCUCCAUGCCCUACUCACCAUCAUAUCCCAUGAGCUACCCUCCACAGCCCCAGCUCCCCCCUCCACCCAGUUUCAACCCAGCUUAUGUGCAGCCCGGAGGUUCCUACAAACCUGAGCGCCCCCGCCAGAACACUCUGCAAUACAAGACGGACUCAUGUUCCCGCUCACCCGAGAGACUCCGUCACCAUGACGACCACCGGCACAGGGGCCACAGCUACGGAGGAUAUGGAAGCCGACAUAACCGUGAGUUUGGAGGAGAGAAACGGGACAGAGGGAGCAGUUCAGAGCGCAGGCGGUCAGACAGCCCUCGGUGUAAAGCGGACUACGAUAGAGGACGCGUGCCAUCAAGACACCGCAGCAGAGAACGAUAUCGGCAUAGAGACGAGCCAAGUUCGCCCCCCUCAGACAGACACAGGAAACACAUUCACAGUCGCUCAGGCAGUCGAGAGAGAAAACGCCGCCGUGUGGAGGAAGAGAAAGAGAGGAGAACAGAUGGAGCCUCGAGCAGUCGAGAGAGAGCUGUGAACUUAAGCAGGAGUAGAGAUGCAGAGGAAAUGUCCACUGACCGCCACGAGGAGGAGAAAGGCGAGGAAGAGUUACUCAAACCUGCCUGGAUCCGCUGCACGCAUGCUGAGAAUUACUACUCCAACGACCCAAUGGACCAAGUGGGUGACUCUACAGUUGUGGGAACCAGUAAGUUGAGAGAUCUGUAUGAGCGCUUUGAGGAAGAACUUGGCCGGCGGCAGGAGCGGGCCAAAUCCAGCAGGCCUAAAUGGGAACCACCCAAGACCAAACUGGACCAGGAUCAGGAAGAGAGCUCCAGCGAAUCAGAGUGUGAGUCUGAUGGAGGUGGUAGCAGCUGCUCCAGUAGCUCUGACUCUGAGGUGUUUGAUGUCAUCGCUGAGAUCAAGAGGAAGAAAGCUCACCCUGACCGCCUCCAUGAGGAGCUGUGGUACAAUGACCCCGGACAGAUGAAUGAUGGACCAUUAUGCAAGUGCAGUGCCAAAGCCAGACGAACUGGAAUUCGACACAGUAUUUACCCUGGUGAACAGCUGGUGAAAGAGUGUCGGCCGAUGAGUAACAAUGCCGGCAAGCUGUUCCACUACAGAAUAACCGUGUCCCCACCUACCAACUUCCUGACAGAUCGACCCACGGUUAUUGAGUAUGAUGAUCAUGAGUACCUGUUUGAGGGCUUUUCCUGCUUUUCACACACACCACUUACUAAUAUCCCUUUGUGUCGGGUUAUUCGCUUCAACAUCGAUUACACCAUCCACUUUAUAGAAGAGAUGUCACCUGAGAACUACUGCAUUAAAGGCCUGGAGCUGUUUUCCUCGUACCUCUUUAAAGACAUCUUGGAGUUGUAUGAUUGGAACCUCACCGGUCCUGAAGAAAAUGGCCCCUCAGGUUGUCAGAGGUUUCAUUUCAUGCCACGGUUUGUUCGGUUCCUCCCGGAUGGAGGAAAGGAGGUGCUGUCAAUGCACCAGGUGCUGCUGUAUCUGCUGCGCAGCAGCACGCCUCUGGUUCCCGAAGAGGAGAUUGCCAAUAUGCUACAGUGGGAGGAGCUGGAGUGGCAGAAAUAUGCUGAAGAGUGCAAGGGCAUGAUUGUCACCAACCCUGGCAUGAAACCCAGCUCUGUGAGGAUUGACCAGUUAGACCGCGAGCAGUUCAACUCCAGUGUCAUCACUUUCCCCAUCAUUGUGCAUUUUGGUAUCCGACCCGCUCAGCUUAGCUAUGCCGGAGACCCACAGUAUCAAAAGUUGUGGAAGAGUUAUGUGAAAUUGCGGCAUCUGCUGGCCAAUAGCCCUAAGGUUAAACAAAUUGACAAACAGAAGUUAACGCAAAGGGAGGAAGCGCUACAGAAGAUCAGGCAGAAGAAUACGAUGAGAAGAGAGGUCACAGUUGAGCUCAGCAGUCAGGGUUUCUGGAAGACUGGGAUCCGCUCUGAUGUCUGCCAGCAUGCCAUGAUGCUGCCAGUUCUCACCCACCACAUCCGCUACCACCAGUGCCUUAUGCAUUUGGACAAGCUGAUCGGAUACAUGUUCAAGGAACGAUGCCUGCUGCAGUUGGCAAUGACUCACCCCAGUCAUCACCUUAAUUUCGGGAUGAAUCCUGACCAUGCUCGCAACUCUCUAUCCAACUGUGGCAUACGCCAGCCCAAAUAUGGAGACCGGAAAGUGCAUCAUAUGUACAUGAGGAAAAAAGGAAUUAACACCUUAAUCAACAUUAUGUCACGGUUGGGCCAGGAUGACCCAUCACCCUCCAGAAUCAAUCAUAAUGAGCGCUUGGAGUUUCUUGGUGAUGCAGUUGUUGAGUUCCUGACCAGUGUGCAUCUCUACUACCUGUUCCCAAGUCUGGAGGAGGGAGGACUCGCCACAUAUCGCACAGCAAUUGUUCAGAAUCAGCAUCUGGCUAUGCUUGCUAAGAAAUUGGAGUUGGAUCGGUUCAUGUUAUAUGCUCACGGCCCGGACCUGUGCAGAGAAUCAGACCUCCGACACGCCAUGGCAAACUGUUUUGAAGCGCUGAUAGGGGCUGUUUACCUAGAAGGUGGUUUAGAGGAAGCCAAGCAACUCUUUGGGAGACUACUGUUCAACAGUGAGGACCUGAGGGAUGUUUGGCUCAACUACCCACCUCAUCCUUUACAGGUGCAGGAGCCACUGACAGACAGGCAGUUGAUCGAGUCAUCUCCAGUUCUACAGAAACUCACUAAUUUUGAAGACGCUAUUGGAGUGCUGUUCACUCAUGUCCGUCUCCUCGCACGGGCCUUCACUCUGAGAACAGUGGGCUUCAACCACCUCACCUUAGGCCACAACCAGAGGAUGGAGUUCUUGGGAGAUUCUAUUAUGCAGCUGGUGGCAACUGAAUAUCUCUUCAUCCACUUCCCAGACCAUCAUGAAGGACAUUUGACACUCCUGCGAAGCUCUUUGGUGAAUAACCGGACUCAGGCAAAGGUUGCAGAGGAACUGGGCAUGCAGGAAUAUGCCAUCACCAACGAUAAGACCAAACGGCCUGUUGCCCUGCGGACCAAGACUUUAGCCGAUCUACUGGAGUCAUUCAUUGCAGCUCUUUACAUAGAUAAAGACCUGGAGUUUGUGCACACAUUUAUGAAUGUUUGCUUCUUCCCGCGACUCAAGGAAUUCAUCUUGAACCAGGACUGGAAUGAUCCAAAAUCGCAGCUGCAGCAGUGUUGUUUAACAUUGCGGACAGAGGGCAAAGAGCCAGACAUUCCUCUAUACAAAACACUUCAGACAGUUGGACCCUCUCAUGCCAGGACCUACACAGUGGCAGUGUAUUUUAAAGGUGAACGUAUCGGCUGUGGAAAAGGACCAAGCAUUCAACAAGCCGAGAUGGGUGCAGCCAUGGAUGCCCUGGAGAAAUAUAAUUUUCCUCAGAUGGCUCAUCAGAAGCGCUUCAUCGAGAAGUACCGGCAAGAACUGAAGGAGAUGAGACGAGAGCGAGAGCGUCAGGAGAGAGAUAGUGAUGAAGGGUAGAACAGCAGAAAGUGAAGGG